AUGUCCAAGAAUUAUCAGAAGCAACAAUUCAGCAACUUGAUCAAAGUUUUACGUCCCAAGGUCUAUAUCACUGAUGCAUCAAAAUUCAAGACCCUCGUCCAAGAACUAACUGGUAAUGGAAAAGCCACCUGCAUCUCUAAUUCCCCGCCUGAAACUACACCACAAAUCAUCGAAAAAGCUCCGUUUAUCGACAUCAAAGAUCAAGAAUACGAUCAUCACGAGUGUAGCAUGGAGACUUCGGUUGAAGGAUUUGAUUUGUGCAAUGUAUUCCAGACUGAUCAUCAAGUGCAUUGUUAUAACGACCAGCAGGCAUAUAUGCAUGAUAUUUCAGGAUUUGAUGAUCACAUGUCAUUGCCAAUGAACCAGCGAGAGGAGUUUUUGGCCUAUCAGGAUCUCGAGUCAUGGCUUUUGAGCAGUGAGGAGCCAUGUUCUUCUUCCUAUAAUGGUUAUUAUGCUCAUACUCAGCAGCAACUCAACAUGUAUGAUUAUGCUAGCUAUCCAGGCUCAUCCCAGCAACAAAUUGGUCGUCGCUUACCGGAAGUGCUGAAGCGCAUCUUUCUAGAACUCCCUGGAUCUGUAAGAGACAUAAUACAACUACAGUUCCAGAAACACACAGUUAAGUGCUGCUCCACAAAAUUCAGAGAUGAUCAAUGGUCAGCAAAGCCCACCUCAAUAUUUGCUUUUCCACUUCAUAUAGCAGUCACAUUUCAUGCAUAUGCAGAUGAAGUAGAGAAGCGACAGUUGAGGUGGACUUGGGAGACCUCAACAGGAAAUUUAAAAGAUAUGGAGGACCAAUUAAACUAA